UUCCUUUUCACUUUAAAAGCAGAAGGUUUUAAGCAGUAGGGUUUAGUCUCUGCAACUUCCGAAUUUCCCAGUCUCAGCAAACAAAAAUGAGAUUGACGUCUUCACUUACUUCUUCACCAAACCGUUUAUUUCUUUUCCGCUCUUCCUCUCAAGCAGAAUGUAUCAAUAAAUUGAUUUCAUCACAAUAUGCGUUUUCCGAGAAUCCUGAGUCAAACUUGGAUUUUCCAGAGAAAAUCCAUUCUCUCCGAAACCCAAUCUUCUUAUAUUCCAAACGCAAUCAUUGCAUCUUAACCACAUUAGAGACCACUGAUUUAACACAAACCAGUGUGAUAAACAAUCUUCUAAGCCACAAAAACGAUCCACUCUCAGCUUUGAGAUACUAUAAUCGGGUUGAACUGAAGCAAGGUUUUGCCAAAAGCCUUCACUCAUUCGCUGUUUUGCUUCACAUUCUGAUGAAAAGCACAGAGACUCAUGGGCACGCUCGCAAUUUGCUCAAUCAAUUCGUUUCGGGCUUUUCCAGACCAACAUCAAUUGCUCUCGUUGACUGCAUGAUCGAGUCUGCGGAAAGGUUUGAUUUUGAUAUUGAUUCGAAAGUUUUCAAUUACUUGUUGGAUAGUUAUGUCAAAGCUGAUAAAAAAAUUGAUGCUUUGGAGUGUUGUUCUAGGAUGAUAGAGGGUAAUAUAAUUCCUUGGUAAUUGGUAAACAAAGUCUUGACCGAAUUGGUAAAAGCAAACUUUAUUAAUGAAGCGAAAGAAUUGUAUAGUAAGAUGGUUUUGAGACGUGUCAGUGGUGAUCAAGUAACUGUAAGCAUAUUGAUGUGCGCUUGUUUAAGAGAAGAGAAGCCUGAGCAAGCUGAGGAGUACUUUCGAGAAGCGGAGGCUAGAGGUGUAAAACUUGAUGCAACAGCAUAUGAUAUUGUUAUUAAGGCUUUCUGUAAGAAACUUGAUUUGAAAAAGGCAUUCAGGUUGUUGAAGGAGAUGAGAGAUAAGGAUUUAGUUCCAUCGGAGGUUACAUAUGCAGUUAUAAUAGGUGCUUGUGUGAAGCAGGGAAAUAUGGUGGAAGCAUUGAGGCUUAAGGAUGACAUGGUGAGUUGUGGCUGGCCAAUGAAUUUGGUUGUUUUAACCAGUCUGAUUAAGGGAUAUUGCAAGAAAGGAGAUUUGAGUAGUGCUUUGCAUUUGUUUGACAAGAUGAUGCAAGAUGGCCCUAGUCCUAACAAGGUUACAUUUGCGGUUUUGAUUGAUGGGUGUUGUAAUAAUAGGAACGUGGAAAAGGCUUAUGAGCUUUACACCCAGAUGAAACAUAUGGGUAUUAUGCCUAGUGUGUUUAAUGUAAAUUCAUUGUUACGGGCAUUUUUAGAAGCUCAAUCUCUGGAAGAGGCAUCUAAGCUGUUUGAGGAGGCAAUUAUUUGUGGUAUUGCAAAUGUUUUUACAUACAAUAAUUUUUUGUCAUGGCUUUGUAAAGAGGGUAAGGUAAGUGAAGCUUACAGUUUCUGGAAAAAGAUGGAGUCUAAUGGUGUAUUACCCAAUGCGGUUUCUUACAAUAACAUGAUCCUUUUGCACUGCAAAGUGGAAGAUAUGGAUACAGCAUAUAGUAUGUAUUCAGAGAUGCUUAAAAUGGGUUUAAAACCAAAUGUUGUUACGUAUUCUGUUUUGAUAAAUGGAUACUUUAAAAAUGGUGAUGCUAAACGUGCCUUUGAUAUGUUUGACCAAAUGGUGGCUGAGAAAAUUUCUCCAACAGACUAUACAUUCAAUACAAUUAUCAAUGGUUUGUGCAGAGUUGGUCGCUCAUCCGAAGCCAGAGACAUAUUGAGGAAUUUUGUAGAGAAGGGUUUUCUUCCUAUGUGUUUGACCUACAACAGCAUCAUAGACGGGUUUGCCAAGGAGGGUGAUAUCACUUCUGCUCGGGCAGUUUACAGUGAGAUGUGUGACAGUGGACUUUCCCCAAAUGUUGUUACUUACACCAUCUUGAUUAAUGGGUUUUGCAAAAAUGGGAGUAUGGAUCUUGCAUUGAAAAUGCUGAAUGAGAUGAAACAAAAAGGUCUUGAACCAGAUGUUAUUUCUUACAGUGCUCUCAUUGAUGGAUUUUGCAAAACACGGGACAUGGAAAGUGCGUGCAAACUUUUUGCUGAACUCCUUGAAGUUGGGCUAUCUCCCAAUACUGUUGUUUACAAUAGCAUGAUUACUGGCUUCAAGAAUUUACGGAACAUGGAAGCAGCACUUGAUAUGCAUAAAAAGAUGAUGAAUAGGGGGAUUCCCUGUGAUUUGCAAACGUACACCACAUUGAUUGCUGGAUUAUUAGAACAGGGUAAAUUACCCAUUGCAUCAGAGCUUUACUCAGAGAUGCUUUCCAAGGGUAUUGUACCGGAUGAAAUUGCAUAUAGUGCUCUGAUAAAUGGUCUUUGUAGAGAAGGACAGCUAGAGAAUGCACGCAAGAUUUUGGAUGAGAUGGACAGAAAGUGUAUACCUCCUAAUGUUCUUAUAUAUAAUACAUUGAUUGCUGGACAUUUUAAGGGGGGAAAUUUGCAAGAGGCUUUUAGAUUGCAUGAUGAAAUGCUUGAUAGAGGACUUGUACCUGAUGAUACUACUUAUGAUAUUCUUGUAAAUGGAAAAGUCCGAGGGAAAAAUCUGUCCCUGGAUUUCUAGUGGCCUGAAUACCAGCUGUUUUAUAAACUCCUCCCAACUUUUAUAUUGUCCUUUGAAGGCGAAGAAUGUCAUGCUUUGUUGGUAUUUGUGGUGUUAUUAGUAACAGUACCAGUAAGUUGUCUUCUUGUAUUUUAGCACGGUAUCGGUUACCCUCAGUAGGGACACUGGAAGUUUCUCUGGUCAUGGAGACGAGGAAGAAAAAUCCCCCCCUUCCCAUAGGUGAUGAUGGAGCUGCAAAAAUCCAUUGUUUAAAGUUGCGUGCUUAUCCUUGCACUCUAGAGGCAUUGUAUGCUUCUGGACCCAUAAGUUGGGAACAAGAAGCAUUAUCGACAAGUCUACGUAUUACACUUCACAUUUCAAAUGAUGAACAUUUGAUGCAGCUAAGGAAUUUAAUAUCUGCUGCAACAAGCUAACAUCAUAGUGAAUACUGCUGAAGAGAUGAUUUUCUGUGAUGUCACAUCUUCUAUUACCUGUUUGGAUAUGUGAGGGAAUGACCAGAUGUUGGCAGAUUGCUGGAAUAGUUUGUAAUGACACUCAUUCAAACUGUUUGAUCUGUAAAGAACAAUGGAUUUUAAUAUGAUGCUCUGGAUACCACUGUGACUAGCUAACAGUUUACACAUACUUCAUUAGUCUGCAUGCUUAAAUGGACGGACUUUGUCGAUAACUUCAGAUAGCAUUGGAAGUUUCUUUUUGUAUAUGUUAUUGAUGAACCCUGCAUUUUACAGGGCCAGGUUGGAGGCAUGUGUGCCUUGUUUCCACAGGUCUAAAGAUGGCGCCAGGGUUCACCACCUUGUCCUGGGCAUAAUUAAUGGAACCAUAUCAGCAUUGAAUGGUCUACAAAUUAGGCAAUUGAAGACAAGCCACAGCUUACUGGUUUCAUCCUCUCUUGUUUGACGAUGAAGUUUAUUUUCUGGUGUGUUGUCCUGCUGGAACUUUGAACUCAUCCUGAUCCAAAUAAAGUAAAAAGUCAGAGUCUUGAAAUGGGAGGUUCUUUCAUUUGAUUUUGGAUUGAAAAUAUACUUCCCAAUAUCUUGGAUAGUCAUAUAAAGCGAAAUAAAAGUGGGAGAAGAGAAGUAAUGGGGAGUAGAAAAAUAUUGUUUUGGUUUGUGCAUCCUAUAUCACGUAGGGAGGUUUUGACUUUUUGAAUUGGGGAUUUUUUUUCUUUUGGUAGUUCUGAACAUUGCUAGCACUUUUGUGUAAACUUUCAAGUUCUCAAUAAGGGUGACUUUGAAUCGGAUUCGAAUUUGAA